AGUUUUCUUCCUAUGAAUCAACCGAUCGGAAUCGCCGACAGUUCCCGUCCAAAAACCAAUGUCCGGCUUACAAUCUCUGCGAACAACCUGAUGGACCUCGAUGUCUUCUCAAAAUCGGAUCCAAUUUGUCUAAUUUACGAGAAAACGAGCGGAAGGAAGGCAACAACGACAGAAGAGAUCACAGUUCCCACGUGGAAAGACAAACAAUGGACGGAGAGAGGCAGAACCGAAGUUGUGAUGAAUAAUCUGAAUCCACAAUUCACAAAAACGUUUCUUCUUCCAUAUUUCUUCGAGGAAACUCAACUUUUACGCUUUGAAAUAUACGACGCAGACUCUCCAACAGUUGGCCAAGAUCUUUCUUCUCAUGAUUUUCUGGGUCGAUUCGAGUGUGUUUUGGCGCAAAUUGUCAGUUACUCGACACUCAAAGCACAUUUGGGCAAGACGGGCCAAAUCGGAGCACAAUGGAGAAAUAAAGACAAAAACACAAAAACCGGCUCGAUUACAAUUUAUGCCGAGGAGGACGAGAAAGCCGAAAAAAUACAAUUUGAUGUGUGCGGAGAAGGACUUGAUAAGAAGGAUUUCUUCGGAAAAUCUGAUCCAUAUUUGAAUUUUAAACGGAAAUUUGACGAUGGAAGUACUCACCUGAUUCACAGAACUGAAGUUAAGCCCAAGACAUUGGAUCCAAGAUGGGCGACAGUGCAAAUUAAUACACAAACUCUGUGUGCAAAAGAUGGAGAUCGACCAAUCAUAAUUGAAUGCUACGACCAUGAUAAGUGGAAAAAGGGUGAAGAGCCACGUGGUGAUGCCAAAUUUUCUAGAGACGAUCUCAUCGGAACUGCACAAACCACGUUGAACGAGCUGCUCAGAGGAUCCUCGGAUGCUGUGGAAAUUUUGCUCACCAACGAGAAGAAGAAGGCGAAAAAGGGAGACAAAUACAAAUGCUCGGGAACCCUGAAGAUCUGGAACUCAAGAAUAGUCAUUGAGCCAACCUUCCUCGACUUUAUAUCAGGUGGAACACAGUUGGAUUUCGCUGUCGCCGUAGACUUCACCGCAUCAAAUGGGCCACCAAAGAGCUCUUCUUCGCUUCAUUUCAUGUCAGCAGAUAGACCGAAUCAGUAUGAACUCGCUUUGAGAUCCGUGCUAUCCAUUUGCCAGCACUAUAAUUCAUCGAAAACCUUCGAAGCCUUCGGAUUCGGCGCCAAACUUCCGAAUCAGUCCUCAGUUUCCGCAAUUUUCCCGCUGGAUCUGCAACGUGGCACAUCGGAAGUUGUUGGAAUAACUGGAGUGAUGACGGCUUAUCGUCACGCUUUAUCGAAUGUUCAACUUUAUGGACCGACGAAUUUCGCUCCAAUUAUUGAAAAUGUGGCUCGAAAAGCUCAAAAUAUGAUCCAUGACUCCGCUAGAUAUCAGAUUUUGUUGAUUAUCACUGAUGGAAUCAUCUCGGAUAUGCACGCCACCAUUCGAUCGAUUAUUAGUGCUUCUGGACUACCACUCUCAAUUAUUAUCAUUGGUGUUGGAAACGAAGACUUUGAGAAAAUGCACGAGCUGGAUAGCGAUGAUGCUCUUCUUCAACAGGAUUCGCGAAUCGCACAACGGGACAUCGUCCAGUUUGUAACGAUGCGCGAGUUUCUGAACAAUGGACAGGGUCUCUAUCUUGACCCGGACGUGAUUCAGGAGAAUCUGGCACGCGAGGUGCUCUACGAAGUUCCAGCACAGUUGACAGGUUACAUGAAGCAACGUGGAUUCCAGCCGAGACCUGUUGAUGAUCCGUGGCGUCGAGAUUCUCCACCUCCAGAGUUCGAUCCGAUUCUAGAUGGGACUGGAAGGCGGGCGCCGAUGUUACAAGCACCACCCGCCGGAUUUCAAUACCCAGUUUAUGCAGAUACUUCAAUAGCUUCUGCACCGCCUAUGUAUUAAUUCUAAUCAAACUAUUGUGUGGUUAUUAGGGAAACUUUGUUAUAAAAGCCAAUUUUUGCCUUUUUAUAUUUCUUUCCCAAUUAUCUCAUUCCUCAACCCCUGGCAUAAUAUUAUUUCGCUUUUUAAAAGCUUUCCGAUACUCAUCGUUUCUGAAAUUCCGCCAAUUCCUUGUCGAUCAAUGUAUUUUUCAUUUUUAUUCGAGUAAAGUUGAAUUUUUAUCCA